CAAAGCUAGCUUCGCGAAUGACGACCAGCUUCUUCUGUAAUCUGUGAAAUGCAGAGAAAAAGGUCUUCAUCCGAUACAAGUAUCCAAGCAAUUAGCUUUUCUAAAGGUUAAGGGAUAACAGUUCAUCGGAUUUCAAUUGGGUGGUGUUUGGAGACAGGGAUAUCCGAGCAGGUGAAAAAAAACGAAAUAUGAAGAAAUCGCCAUUGCCGUUGCAGAAUGCGAGCGGCAGUAGCAAGAAUCAGAGUUUGGGGAAGGAAGCUCUGGUGAAGCUGCUGAGGUGGCAUUUUGGGCAUCCUGAAUUCAGAGGGAAGCAAUUGGAAGCCAUUGAAGCUGUUCUAUCAGGGAGAGAUUGCUUUUGUCUUAUGCCCACUGGUGGCGGGAAAUCCAUGUGUUAUCAGAUACCGGCUCUCGCCAAGAAAACCGGAAUCGUGCUUGUUGUCUGUCCUUUAAUAGCCUUGAUGGAAAACCAAGUGAUGGCAUUGAAGGAGAAAGGAAUUUCUGCAGAGUAUCUCUCCUCGACUCAGACAACCCAAACCAAAAAUAAGAUUCAUGAAGACCUUGACUCUGGAAAACCAUCUCUGAGGCUGCUUUAUGUGACCCCCGAAUUGAUAGCAACAUCUGGAUUUAUGAUGAAGCUGACAAAGAUUCACACGAGAGGGUUGUUGAAUCUCAUUGCCAUAGAUGAGGCACAUUGCAUCUCUUCAUGGGGCCACGAUUUCAGGCCUAGCUACCGUAAGCUGUCAUCUCUAAGGAGCCACCUCCCAGGUGUACCAAUAUUGGCUCUAACAGCUACAGCCGUUCCUAAAGUUCAGAUGGAUGUGAUAGAGUCCUUGUGCCUUCAUAAUCCAUUAACCCUAAGAUCUUCUUUCAAUCGUCCUAAUAUACAUUAUGAAGUUCGAUACAAAGAUCUUUUAGAUGAUGUCUAUGCUGAUCUGUCUGGUGUGCUAAAAUCUAGCGGAGAUGUUUGUGCAAUUGUUUACUGCCUUGAACGUACAAUGUGUGACGAGUUGUCUGCUCAUCUAUCACGGAGUGGAAUUUCAUGUGCUGCUUAUCAUGCAGGGUUGAAUGAUAAGUUACGAAGUUCUGUCCUAGAUAAUUGGAUUUCCUCUAAGAUACAAGUUGUUGUGGCAACAGUGGCUUUUGGGAUGGGCAUAGAUAGAAGAGAUGUCAGAAUUGUUUGUCAUUUUAAUAUUCCCAAGUCAAUGGAAUCCUUCUACCAAGAGUCGGGUAGAGCUGGUCGUGAUCAACAACUCUCCAGAAGCCUUUUGUACUAUGGAAUUGAUGAUUGCAAAAAAAUGAAAUUUAUUCUAAGCAAUGCUGAUAACAAGAAGUCAAAGGUCUCCAACUCACGGGAAGAGUUGUCAAAGAAAACUCUGACCGACUUCCAGCAGAUGGUCGAGUAUUGUGAGGGUUCUGGAUGUCGUAGAAAAAAGAUUCUUGAGACCUUUGGUGAACAGGUACCUGCAUCACUAUGUAAGAAAACAUGUGAUGCCUGUAAACAUCCAAACCUAGUGGCCAAGUAUUUAGAGGAGCUCACAAGUACUUGUGUCGCUCGGCAAAAAUUUGGUUCUUCUCGAAUUUUUAUGAGCAGCUCCUCAGAUGUGAUAAAUGAAGAUCAAACCUCUGAAUUCUGGAAUCGUGAUGAUGAAGAUUGUUCUGAGGAGGACAUAUCUGAUUCCGAUGAUGGUCUUGCUGCCAAGAACCUUGCCAGGUCAAAGUUGCCAGCAAAGUUGGGAUUCAAUGAAAAGAUUGAGUGCUUGCAGCGUUUAGAAGAAAGAUUUUACAAGGAUAAAUCUUCUGAUAAGCAGAUGAAUAAACCGGACAAGAAUGCUAUAUCUGAUACGCUGAGGGAAGCAAGCAAGCAAAGAUUACAAACUUCUCUCAAACAGGGUCAGCAGCGGCUUGGGAACUUAGCGAUUGAAGUGGAAAAAUCGGCCUCUUUCCUCGAAAAUGAGUGUUACAACAAGUAUAAGAAAACUGGGAAAUCAUUUUAUUAUUCUCAAGUGGCAAGUACGGUGAGGUGGUUAUCAACUGCAGAUUCUACUGCCUUAACUAAUCGCCUUGGAACCAUUAACUGUUCCCCAUCAGAUAAUGCUCGGCCCAAAACAGAACCUUCUGCAACACCAUCACCUUCGGUGGAUGGAACAACAGAAGCUGCCAGCGGUGACUCCCACAAUAGUGUUAGAUCGGAAAAUUCUGUAGCUGUGUCACCAACGGAAAGUGCUUCCCCGAGUAUAACUCUUCCAUCAAUUCCAUCCUUCUCAGAGUUCAUCAACACCAGAAAGGCAAAAGACAUCAGCACAAGGGCGUCGGAAAAGCAGUCACCAAACGGAGUUCAAGAGAAAGGGUUGAAGAAAAUGCGGUUGCAUUAGGUUGAAUGUCUUGGUUUUAUGCAUUUGUACCGAUUUAUGCUGUGCACAAAGAAAAAGUUGAGGAGACGAUGUAAAUCUACUUCCGUUUAUUUCUAGAUUGGAUCGCGGGAAUUACAUA